CCUGCAAGCCCAUACACAGUGGUUUCCUAAACCGGCCACACGAUGUCGUAUUACUUCCCCGUCGGUAAAGAUCAUUAGCGGUGAGGCGCGGUUCAUUAGAGAUAGCAACAGAAGCGUCGGAGACGAUGGAAGAAAGCCUCUGCAAAUUUCCAUAACCACCGCCUCAACCUCUUCCACUCAGCCGACGACGACGACGAAGAAAAUGAGCCCUAAUUCAAAUAGAGAAGCAAUGUUAGAUGAAGAAGACUCCAUGGAAUUAGAUAGCUUAGUGGUAGAGAAAUGCCUUAGGUGUAGCGGCGAUUGUGCUAGUGGAAAAUUGCUAGUUUGUAGUGUGAUUGGGUGCCCGAUUUCUGUUCACGAGGAGUGUAUGUGUUGUAAGCCUGAAAUUGAUGAGAAGGGAAGGUUCUACUGCCCUUACUGUGCUUACAAGAGAGCGUUGGUGCGGGAAGAGAAGCUGAGGAGGAAGGCAAUGCAAGCUAAGGAGAUUCUGUCCAUGUUUAUCGAUAGCGGUAGGGUUAAUUUUGCGGUGAAUGAUGGAGAGGGGAGUAGUGGCAAUGGUGGAGGUGAAGGCACAUCAGCAGGCAUUGGGGCGGUUCGGGAUGAGGUGACAGUAGGCAGAGGGAUGGAUGGUGGCGAAACUGAGGAUCGGUCUUUGGAAGUAGAAGAAAAUGGACACGGGGAAAUGGAUGAGGAUGUGAGUAAGGGAAAUUCGGACCAACAAUGUGUGUCGGAGAGGCGUGAGUUUGAUAAGAGAAAUGAAGAUGAUGCAGUUGAUGGAAUUGACCGAGGAGAUGGGGAUAGUAUAAGGGGGAAUGAGGAGAAUGAAGGCAAAAGUCCGGGAGAAGAACUGAUGCGACCAGAGGCAAUGGAGGUGCCUGCAGAUGACACUGUUGUGCCUGAAUCUGGUGAUUUCCAGAGUGGUUCUCCUCUAUUGCGUAAGAGGCGUUAUAAACAAAGAGCUCAAAAGAUAGUGCAGCUUCCGUAUGCCGUUCCAGUAAGGAUAGUGCCUUCUCCAUCAACAAAAUCAUCUUCUUGCCAAACUGAUGCUGUAGAGGAGGAUGCCGAGAAGCAAAGUGAGAAAGACGCUACCUCCUAUUCCUCUGAGUCUAGAAAAGUUUCAGAAUCAGACCAAAAUGUGGAAGGUACUAUCUCCUCCAAGUCAAGAGACAUUCCAGAGUCAAACCCAAAUCAGAAAGCUACUACCUCCUCCAAGUCCAGAAAAAGUCCAGAGUCGAACCAAAAUGAGAAAGUUACUACAUCCUGCUUUGAGUCAAGAAAAGUUCCAGAAUCAAACCAAAAUGAGAAAGCUACCACCUCCUUGUCCUCUGAGUCAAGAGAAAUUCCAGAGCCAAACCAAAAUGAGAAAGCUACUACCGCCUUCUCCAAGUCAAGAAAAGAUCCAGACUCGAACCAAAAUGAGAAAACUACUACCUCCUCCACUGAACCGAUAAAAGUUCUGGAAUCUGGAAGUGAAGAAUUGUUAUUUCAUAAUGCCAAGCGGAGGAAAAUUAAGUGGACAGCUGAAGAGUUGAAAAUGCUAAAGGAUGGAGUACGACUAUUUUCAGCCCAAGUAAACAAAAAUCUUCCCUGGAGGAAAAUUUUGGAACUUGGUAAGGCUGUUUUCCACGAGACUCGGACUCCAGAUAAUCUCAAGGAUAAAUGGAAGCUCCUAAGCAGAGAAGCAGCUAAAAAAAACAAACUUGAUCACUUGGACUCCAAGUGAAAAGGAGGCAAGCAUUGUUAUGAAGCUAUAGAAACUUCAUAGAGGAAGGAGCUUCAGCCUGCGCACCAUUUCUGGAGUUUGUAAAAAGGAUGCUAUAUGUGGGAACAGCUUAUUGUUGUGGGUCAAAUUUAGUAAAUACGGACAUGGUUGUUAGAUCAAGAGAAAGUAUGGUGUCAGUUUUUCUUUUGCUAUACAGAAUUUUAAUUUUUCCAAUAGAAGGCAACCUCUGAAUUCACUUUC